AUGCAUCUCUUCAGCUACCUCGUCGUUUCUGCUGGUCUCACGGUAUGCGCAGCUUCAGCAAUUGCCAGUUCUCCAUCUCAGAUUUUACUUCCGAAACCAACCGGCUUGUACCAAGUCGGCCGCAGCACUGCUGAACUGGUUGACCAUAGUCGGAUACAACCAUUUGCUCCGGAUGUCGAACCUGUGAGACUGGAGGUCACUAUAUUUUAUCCCGCUGUUCACCAACACCAUUCUAUCCCAGGAGCAUAUUUUCCCUUGGAAACUGCUCUUAUCGAAGACAACUACCUCAGUAGUUUAGGACUUGCAUCACCGAAUGGGACCUUCGAAAAGCUCGCUCUUCACCUUGCUAGCAAUGAACCGACCCAGAAUCUCACCGGACAGCCUUCCUGCGAAUUUUCACUUGUUAUCUUCUCGCCCGGCGAAGGUACCACUCGUCUUUUCUAUAGCCAAAUUGCUGCAACUAUCGCCAGCCAAGGCUUUAUUGUCGUUACUAUCGAUGCACCAUACGAUGUGGAUGUUGUUCAGUAUCCGAAUGGAGAUCUAGCCUUCAUCAACUCAACACUAUGGGAUACAACCAACGAUACGGCACUCGAAGCAACCGCCUAUCUUGCUAUUCAAACCCGCAUGGCAGACGUCAGUUUCGUUCUUGAUUCCUUGUCCAACGCCACUUUGGCAGCAACCCUCAUACCCAAUUUGCCUCCUUCGAGAUUGAAUACUUCUCACGCAGCCAUGUUUGGACACUCCUUGGGCGGCGCGACUGCAUAUUCUAUUCUGGGUACCGACGAUCGAAUUGUCGGUGGAUUAGACAUGGACGGUCUCCUUUUCGGCCCCGGACUUCCAAAUGGGACAUCCAAGCCUUUCAUGUUGAUGGGGCACGGCGGUCAUACUCGGGCCAAUGUGACAGAUGAUCCUUUUGGUACUUGGACAGCUGCUUGGUCCAAUUCGACUAAUUCGACUGGCUGGAAAAGAGAUAUUGUUAUUUCGGGUACGCUACAUUACGACUUUAGCGACUAUCCGAUUGUGUUUGAUACGUUGGGAAUCAGCCCAUGCAAUGAGACUGUGAGAGACGAUAAUCUUCUCAUUGGGAGCUUGAAGGGAAAAAGAUCGCUGGAGAUUGUAACUACAUACGUUGGAGCUUUUUUGGACUUUGUGCUUUUCGGGAAGUGCUCUGCAUUGUUAGACGGUCCCGUAGACGAGUUCCCUGAAGUUGUGUUUGAUUAUUAA